AUACCAGAUCGUAUACUCGUAUAUAUCUCGCCUGAUCCCCAAUCCCACGUUGCACUCCCCACCAGCAAUAUCCCGCAAACCGAGGCAGGCGCCGGGCACGAAAACAGAUACAGCAGCGACAGGCGUAACAAUUGGUGGAAACCAGGCUUCCCCAACCUUCCCCGUGUCGAAUCAAGACGAUCGCGCGGUGUCGAGAAGCUGGAUGAGGAAAGGCGUGCGGAGUCCCCACGUUUCCCCCUACCUACUCCUCAUUACCGACCCUGGGAGCCGGUAACGCGUCUUACGUACAUCCAAUCCUCCCUGCCCCGUAACCCUCGGAAAACCCUUCCGACAGCCAGCACCGGCGUCGCUUUAUUAAGGGAGUUCCCGUCGCCCUUAGACUGCGGGAACUUAUCAGGAUAUCGUAGCUAGCAAACCUUGAACGCACGCAGCGAAGAUGGGUGUAUCGACGACGACGGACGCGGUGGAGAUCGAACACGCGGGACCUGCACAGGGGCGCCAGGGAGGCAAAGAUGGCGCCGAUAAGGAUAUCGUGGCCUCGUUCCUGGCCAAGCACGGGCAGGGCCAGAGGAUUGAGGUCACGCCGGCCGACUCCGCGCGUGUACUGCGACGCAUCGAUAUCGUCAUCCUGCCUAUCAUGUUGACGGUCUACUUUCUCCAGGGCCUGGACAAGUCGUGUCUUGCGUACGCCUCGGUUUUCGGGCUGAUCACUGAUACGGGAUUGGUUGGCGACCAAUAUUCGUGGUUGGGGAGUAUCGUUUAUCUGGCGCAGUUGGUGAUGCAGCCGUUGUUGGCUUGGCUGUUGGUUCGUCUGCCUAUCGCUAAGUUUACCAGCGCGAUGGUGUUAUUCUGGGGGGUUUCUCUUGCCUGCAUGGCAGCUGCGCAUAAUUUUGGGGGGUUGCUAGCUACGCGAUUCUUCUUGGGUGUGUUCGAGGCGAGUGUUGCGCCUAGUUUCGUUGCUAUCACGCAGAUGUGGUGGAGGAGACGAGAGCAGACUGUUCGGACCAGUUACUGGUAUGCUAUGAACGGAAUCACGAACAUGUUCGGCAGCUUGAUCACCUACGGCCUAGGACAUGUAACAUCACACCUUCAUUCCUACCAGAUAAUCUUCCUGUUUUUCGGAUUGAUUACCAUCGCCUUUAGUUUCGUCAUGUUUGUUUUUAUGCCCGACUCGCCGGUAGAAGCGAAAUUCCUGAACGACAACGACAAGCUGAUCGCCGUCGAACGACUGCGCAUGAACCAGAUGGGCGUUAUCUCGCGCGAGUGGCGAAACGACCAUCUGAAGGAGGCGUUGCUUGACCCUAAGUCCUGGUUUUGGUUCGCGCUCAUGUUCUCUAUCAGCAUUCCGUCAGGUGGUAUUUCGACCUUCGGGCCGCUGAUUGUGAAGACGUUCGGCUUUGACCAAUUCACGACUAUUCUCUUUAACAUUCCCUUCGGAUUCGUACAAAUCGUUGCUACCGUAGGCGGAGCCUUCCUUGCCCAGAAGAUUAAGAUGAAGGGUCCUGUCAUUAUGGGACUUUGCUUACCCCCGAUAGCGGGUUGUGUGAUGCUCAUGGUUCUCCCUCGAGAUGCCUCUCACCAAGCAGCUCUUUUAGUUGGAUAUUACCUUAUCUCAGUUUAUCCAGGAAUUACUCCUUUGGUCUAUUCAUUGGCGUCGCAGAAUACAGCUGGUGACACCAAGAAAAAGUGCACCAACGCCAUCCUCUUCGUCGGUCAGUCAAUCGGUAAUGUCGUCGGCCCACUACUCUACACGCAGAAGGAUGCGCCGGGAUACGAAAGGGGCCUGCGAUCAAACCUGGCACUUUACAUCGCGAUCAUCGUCAUAAGUGGAAUGGCGCUUGCGCAUCUCAAAUACCUAAACGCAAACCAUGCCAAGAGGCGUGUGGCAAUGGGAAAGCCAGCUGUUAUUGUCGAUACUAGCUUGGACUCUGCCGAGGAGGUAGCAGCGGCAGCCGCUGCCGCCGCAGCUAUGAGGAAGGCUGUUGGCGAGAACGAGACUGGCGACAUCAAUAAUGCGGACGAGGCCGCUGCUUCAGCUGAUGAUACAGAAAGACCCGGAGAUAGAGCGUUCGACAACUUGACUGAUCUCGAGAACGAGGAUUUCGUUUUUGUCUACUGAGUUUACCGUAGCGUUCUCUCCAUUUGGACUACUAUUGAGAGGUAUAUCUGAUAAUUAUUAGCAAAAUAGAUGAUGAUUGUGGUAUAGAUCUGAUGAACCAUACAAAAUAUUGGGAUAGAUUUACGGCAAUAUACUCAUUCACUUUACG